CUGAGUGUUUAUUCACGAGUGCCUCACGCUUGUUUGCCACUGUUUGCGAUAAAUUUCGUCACAUGAAUCAGCUUAUGCUAAACCGUUGUUAUUCUUAUUUGACAUGACUUUAGAAGACCCAUUUUACGUCGUCAAAGAUGAGGUGUUCAAAGCGCUAAACAAGACGCGCGGGCUCUACCUACGGUGGCAAGAGAUUUCUAAAGCUCCCGUUGUUCCGAACAGCCCCGAAGUAGAAUGGACAUCAACUGAGUUGAGAAACGCCCUACGUAGUAUUGAAUGGGAUCUUGAAGACUUGGAAGAUACUAUCUGUAUCGUCGAGAAGAACUCCUCCAAAUUUAAGAUCGACAAUAAAGAAAUCUGCGAUAGACGAACUUUUAUAGAAGCUACUAAACAAGAAGUCAAAGUAAUGAAAGGCAAGAUGAGUCUAAACAGGAAUCGAGAUAAUGAUGGGACGGCCAGAGAGCCUUUGCUCGGAGAAGAGAGCCCUAUGCACUUUGGGAACACUUGGACGUCGACUCCGAAGUACUCUAAGUACUCUAAAUUAGCGAACCAGACCGACAGCCCCAAUAGGUUCGAUGGCUACGAUGGCGACAUUAUGUCCAUGCAGGAUAAGAUGCUUAUGAACCAAAAUGACCAGCUACAAGUUAUCAGCGAUUCUGUUGGCUCUUUGAAGACAGUUUCCAAACAAAUCGGCAUUGAACUGGAUGAACAAGCUGUGAUGUUGGAUGAUUUGAACUCUGAAUUGGAGAAUGCAGAUUCCAAAUUAGAUUCCACUAUAAAGAAAGUUGCUAAAGUUCUUCAUAUGAACAACGAUCGACGACAAUGGAUGGCUAUCGGAAUUCUUGUAGGUCUUUUAAUGAUUAUUUUAAUAUUAUUUAUUAUUCUUUGAAUUAUUUAGUGCAAUUAUCUCCUGUGUAAGUGUAGCCACUGUAGUUAAGUGAUAUGUAAGCAGUUCUUGUAUAAUAAUUCACAGAUAAAAUCUCUCACUUUUAUCCAUUACUCUUGCGAAACUAUUUUGUUUUUCUACUCUAGGACGUAUUAGCUCUAUGACAAAAUAAUAUUGUAAUUUUACGAAAGUAUAUUUCUUGACGUUUUUAGGAUGAAUAAUAUAUAAUAGUUACUCGGUGGAAAUCGAGAGUUCCGUAAAUGUAUAUAGUACGUGACGUCAUUCAUACUCGAUAAGCCCGGCGCCCUGUUGCUUUAUUUUGUUUUUGUCAUAAUUUGUAAAUUUAAAACUAAAAAUCUUUACUAAGGCGAGCUCGUGAUGACUGAAGACCGAAUCAUAGAAUAAAGAACAAUACUACGUAUAAAACGGUAUCUCUCCGGCCCGCACCAAUUCGUAUCGAGCGCUGAGAUAGAUUUAUCUCGCCCCGUCUGGGUUUUAAUUUAGUAAUCCAGUAGGGAGAACCAUAUUCCGCAGAAGCGCGCGUGGACAGUCUAUCUCGCUCGCACUUAGCGGUCAGCCUGUAGGUACACGGUAAGAAUGAGAUUUUUGUACAGAGUGAGAGGGGAUAAUAGGACUAGAAGAAGAAGAAAGUCCGGGGUGUGGUCGUGUGUCACCGUCUUGCUUCUCAAAUGGAGAGUUAUAGACCAAUGAGUUAUUAAAUUUAUCUGGCUGCAAUUUUCUCGCUAAUUAAACUGAUUCAACGAAAAGUGGCAGCGUGUCAUGACGUCAGAGUAAUUCACCAGCACUUCACCUCCUGAAUGUGUCAAAAAUGUACAAUAGGAUUUUGCGAGAAUUUAAUCGCAACUAGUCGAAUCUUGUCUUCACAACAGAUAAAACUCCACAUUAUUUGAAUGGUACUGUGAGGUUUGCUGUUAGCUUUAGUUUAGUAUGUAAGUUAGCCUCUGACUUGUAUUGUUUGUAAUUUAAUGUAUUACUAUCUGACCUUGGUUUUGUGAUCUACGAGUACAUUUGUUUACUAUUGUUAGUGUUAGCCAAAGUUAAAUUUAUUAUAUUUGUAUUUAUUGUUUAGAGGAUAAUGUUUAUUUUAUCACUCGCAUAACGUAGGCUUAUUAACGUGCGAAACUUAUUUACUAUUUAUUUAAAUACUUUGUUACGGAAUGGGUAAAUUAUUUACGCUCCAUAUGUUUUGGAAAUAAUCAUAUUACUUUUAUUAGUUACAGGUGUUGGAUAUUAGUUUACUGUUAUCGAAGGCCUAAUUGAAAUAAGAUAGUCUCUUUACAGACAUACCUACGUAAAGUUUACCCAUGUGGUAGAACCUUAUUUAACCCAGAGAAAUUUAUUAGCAAAAAAAUACUUACCUUUUUUAUUGCUCUGUGUUAUAAAUGUGUCGGUUUAUUCAUGUUAAUCUAAGUGAUGUUUAAGCGCUGUACACACUCGUCCUGCUCAGUGUCCCUGCUAGGUCAAGAGUCUGGCUCUGCCUCGCAAGUCCUAUCAAUCGUUCUGUUGCACAAAAUGUGUCCCGGGGCGUUAAAUUGCGAUAGUACUGCUUGAGAACUGACUCUGACGACACAGACGCCCCUGACAUGGAGUUGUGGGAACAAGGUGUUCCAAAAACUAUGAAUGCCAGCAUUUUUUUCUGACAGGACGCUGAACCAGGAUCCCUGGAGGCAUGACUUUAAAGCGGUUAAGGUAAAAGGUUACGCUACCGCAAUAAAAUAACUGAUUUAAAGGUAGAGCCAUAAUAAUUAAGAAUUGCGAUUAUAAUUAUAAUACAUCUAUUUGUUAGUACCUACCUAACCGAAAUCGCUUUCCGAAAAAGAAAUGCGACGCCAGCAGGACGUGGCCAGUUGUUUUAUUUCGGUAUCGUAAAAAUAAAGGUACUUAAUUUUCCGGUAGCAGAAAAGAGCGGUAUCUUUAUUUUAACAUAUCGUAAAUUAAAGAUAUUACGUCAUACCGCUAACCGUUUAAUAACCGUCAUUUUUUCGGUUAUUCAAGCCCAGCGUAGAAUCCCGUAGACCCAGGGUGUUUAGCUAGCCCUGACGAUAUUUAUAUUACUAAAUAAGGCCUGUCUGUUAGUUAGAUUAUUACUUUACGCACAUAUUCUGUCUUGCGCAGCCUAAUUGUCUAUUAAGCUAUAUUUUUUUGGUUUCCGUUAUUUUGGCAAUCAAAGCUUUCUUGGCCCCUUUAUUUUUCUUUUUCUGGUUAUUCAAGAUUUAUCUCUUAUGAGAACGUAUUACAAUAAGUCUCACAUAUAGACACGAUAAUCUUCAAAUGUUUACAGUUACAUAUGUAGCGACAAAUGUAUUUUUAUAUUACGUAUAGUACGUCAUAUGUAUGCACUAGGUUAUACUCUUGUGCAACUAGUAAUAUGCCCUUCGAAUUCUGAAAGAUCAGUGGGAUCCAUUUCACAUAUAAAUUUUGUCUGAGCGGUGCAGGAGUAUUAGCAAAUACCUAAUUGUCUUAAAGUGCAUUUUGACGUAUGCUGUGAAAGCACAUUUUAUAUGUUACCGUAAACGCCUGAAUAACUUUGAUAAGUAAUACUAAAUAAUGUUACAGUGAACUAGAAAGAGAUUUUUUGACUUUGAAAUAUACCUAAGUUAGUAUUUACCAAUGACGAUGUGUGUGGAAUGUGCUGGCGCAGCACAUUACUGCAGUUUCAGUAAUGACCAGUUAGUAACCUUUUGCUGACAUAUAAGCAUUGAAUCGGAUAUUCGGGUGCUUAAUUUGGCUAAAGUUGCGCUGGUUGACUAAUAUGGAUAGAAUAAUUGUUUUAAGGACACCUACAAUAUAUUAAACCAUCGUUAUCAUAGAUCAUAGAAAUAUAGCCCUCAGCACUAAAAUACACGAGUCCGCAUCUCGCCUGUUAACUCACAUCGCGUCAGCAUGUGAAGACAUUUCUAGCUGGACCGCUACAUCGAUUUAUCCGCCGUUCAUUGCCUAGUAACACAAGCGUUAGUUGUGGUUGCGCGAUGCCAAAGAAGCAAUGUAUGUUGUGGAAAGUUUUAUAAUACGAUCGUUGCCUCAUAUUGUAAUAUUAUCGUUUUGUGCAUAUUUCGUUCCUACCGGCUAUGCUCCCGCGGCAUCUCUUUAUAAUAAUAACUCUGUGAUCGUUACCUGUUCGAUCUCGGGAUGAUUUCUAAAUACAUUGUUUUAAAAAGUCGGUUCUAUACUUUCAUAACAUUUUAGCAAGUUUAGACAAGUAAGCGUCCGAAUAUCCAAUCACUGCAUAUAAGGAGCAAUUCGUCCGCCAUUUUAGAUAUGAAAUCCUCCCGUAACAGUUAUGUGAGUAGAUAUGUACAUUUAGGUACCUAGUUUCUGAUGUAAAACUCAUCGACCAAGCGAAUUAUGUUAAUAGUAUGAAGUAAAUAAAUGGCUAUUUUCAUACACAUAAGAUCAUGAUCAGUUGAAAUGCUAGUUUACAACCAGGUCGGGCUUUUACAGUAACAUAAUGUAAUAAUACACAGGGUGUACGAUAAUUUAUUAGUGGUCAAACCGGAAACCAGUGACAGAAAGUUUACACUUCAGUGCUGCUUCGUCUGAACCGCGUUCGGUCGUUGUUCGUCCAAAUCACGGAUCGCUCCGCGUGCUAUUUCUUAUGCUCGUAGCGUGCGCGUAAAAUUCACACUGCGCUCAAGGCGAUCUCAAUUUGUUUAUAAACGUCUUGCGCUCUCUUAUGUGCUAUGCAUCUAUGCGGCGACCAUGAGAAAACUAAGCUACGAAACUAUGUGACCGUUUCCGUUGAUGCUAAACUAUAGAGCGGGGUGAGCAAGAUGUGCUAUGAAGAUGCGCCGCCGCAAAGUAGCUGCGCGAGGAACUCUGCUCUUGACAUAGCUAAACCACUUGCGACCAUCUAUGGUACGCAUCCUUUCGUAUUAGUUGAAUCCGUUCCCAUUAUUCCUAUCCUAUAUGGUGGAUAUCAAACGCUUCCAUAGCAACGCAUCAUAAUCACAUCUCUGGUGGAUAAGCACAAUUACAAGCGCAUGCUACGAUCAUUACAGUUCACCAAUCUGUAUGCAUCACAAGACUUGUAUGAGGGUUAUAAGAUAUGACAUUCGUUAUUACUUGACUGAUUUUCAGCUUGACCAUAAUUUACUCUAGUAAAUUAUAAACGCUCUGUACGUAAGUUGUAUCAGGUUUCUUUAAAAUUCAAUGUUAUAUUCUAUGCAAAAUGGAAAUAUAAUCGUUUUGCAAAAAAAGUGGUUAUUUGUUAAAUUUAUUCGCACUUAAAGUAAAAAUUACCAGAAGUCUAUCUUGUCAGGCUUAUAAUAAACGGAAGCCAAUAAGGAAAAUUAAACCUUAUGAGGUUAAGAAAACGUGAAAUUGACUUCUCUCGUGAUUUUUACUGUAAUUCGAAUUUAAUCUUGUCAUGGCACAAAUAGUAAUAAACAUACAUAAUAACAUACACACAUAA